AUGACCAUUUCAACUUCGAUCCAAUCUGAAAGGGAGACGGGUAUUCAUGUUAUAGAUACUACUGCCAUGGACACUACCUGUGAGCCAUUAACUACUCCAAAACAUGUUUACACCACCCAGUUUGAAAAAGAUUUAUCUUUAAUUCAGGAUCACUUGCUUCCAAAUAUCAAAUUAGAAAAAUUUUCUUAUGAAGGUUACGAUCAUGUAACUUGGUAUGUUUCUAAUUCCAAACAAGCUUCCGCGUAUUUCAUCACUUGUUUAGGAUUCAAGCCAUUGGCCUAUAAGGGUUUGGAAACUGGUUCUCGAGCCAUCUGUUGCCAUGUAGUCACUAAUGGUAAAGCUAUCUUUCAGUUCGUGUCUCCAUUAAGGAGUGAAUUCAAGGCAAACAAAGAGUAUGAUGAGCAAGUUAAAGAGAUCAACAACUUCAUUGUCACACAUGGUGAUGGCGCUAAAGAUGUGGCCUUCACUGUGGAUGAUGUGGACACGAUUUUUUCAACAGCUAUUGAAAAUGGGGCAAAGGCUAUUGAAUAUCCAGAAACUAUUAAUGACGAAUUUGGAUCAGUUAGAAUUGCAAAAGUUGGGAUUUUUGGUGAUACUACCCAUACUCUUGUAAACAGAAGUGAUUAUAUAGGACCAUUUUUGCCUGGUUAUUUAGAUAUCGGAGAAAGCAAUGUUUUCAAUACUUUCAGCUCUGAUUUAAUUAAUUCUCUUCCAAAAGUUGAUCUAAUUAGAAUUGAUCAUUGUGUUCAAAAUCAAGGGUGGAACAAAAUGGAUGAAUCUUGUGAAUUUUACGCUAAAGCUUUCGGGUUCCAUAGGUUUUGGUCAGUUGAUGAGCGAGAUGUUAGCACAGAGUACUCUGCUUUAAAAUCUAUUGUCAUGGCUGCAAAUAAUGAUGUUGUCAAGAUGCCAAUCAAUGAGCCAGCCAAGGGGAAAUUUAAAUCUCAAAUUGAAGAGUUCAUUGAUUACUACAAUGGACCGGGAGUACAACAUAUUGCCAUUUUAACUGAUGAUAUAAUCUCUGCUAUUUCUGCCAUGAAGCAAAGAGGUUGUGAAUUUAUUGAAGUUCCGGACAAAUAUUACGAUGAUCUCAGAAAAAGAUUAGGCCAUUCAAAUAUGCAAAUAUUGCAACCAUUAGAAGAAAUCCAAAAGCUAGGAAUUCUUGUCGAUUUUGAUGAUAACGGAUAUCUUUUGCAAUUGUUUACCAAGCCUUUGGUUGUUAGACCAACUGUGUUUGUUGAAGUAAUUGAGCGUCAUAACCAUAAUGGAUUUGGGGCUGGAAACUUCAAAGCUCUAUUUGAGACUAUUGAGCAUGAACAGAAAGCUCGUGGUAAUCUUACAAGUGAGGAUAUUGAAUGA